UUUUGGUUUUUGAAGUUUAGGAUCUUUUUGUUGAUAAUUUAUGUGCAAUGCUAAAAUCAGGAAUAUUUUCCUGCGAUUUCUGACAAGUUAGAAUAAAUUAAAUAAAUCUUUUGAGCUUAUAUAGUGUUAAAAAGUCAUUUAAACAAAAUUAAGAAUGAGUGAAGAAGAAAGAAAUGAGAGAGAACAAGCCCCUUCACAGCCUCAAGGCUUACAAGUUGCAAUAAAUUUCAUGAUUGAAAAAAAGAUUGAUACUUUCUUAUGGUUGACCAGAUUGGGUACUAUAGUUUUUACUAUACUAUUUCUCAUUCCAUUGUUUGGGGUUAAUCCAUACACAUGUUAUCAACGAGCAUUGAUGAGUAAUGCUGCUACAAGUGCUUUUCGAUUGCAUCAAAGAUUGCCUCGUGUUCAGCUCACUCGAGAGUUUGGUGCAAUGCUUUUGAUAGAAGAUUCAUGCCAUUAUUUACUUUAUUCUAUUCUUUUUCUUUUUUCAUAUCCAGUUACACUAGCAUUGCUGCCUAUAUUUUUGUUUGCUGUACUUCAUUCUACUGCUUUUAGCAUCGGAAUAUUAACGAAAUUAGGCCUUUAUUCUUCUGAUUCUGUUACAUUUAUGCUAGGACUUCAUCAACAUCAUCAACCAAAAAUUUUUCGACUAAUUGCAUUUACGGAAAUUUGUUUAAUGCCAGUCACUGUAUUAUGGCUCUUCAGUGGAAAAGGAAAUUUACUGACACCAUUUGCCUAUUAUCGAUUCCUGACCUUCCGUUAUGCAUCUCGAAGAAAUCCCUAUAACAAGAGUGUCUUUCAUGAGAUGAAGGUCAUAGUGGAAUCUUUUGCCAAUACUCCAGGCCGUAAUCCCUUCUUGAAGAAUUUAUGCUCGAGAGCUGUGAGAUUUGUAUCUUACAUGGCACCUACUAUGCAAACACAGCAGUGAACUAUGGUUGUUUCUGAGUCAUGUGGUUAGAUCACUGCAUUUUAAUAUAUUUAUCAACUUUUCUAUUUCAGCUUUGAUAAAUUCCUGAAAUGGUUUCUUCAAAGCACCGGUUCACAGAAUGUUUCAUGGAAACACUAUUUAUGUUGUUAUAAUUUUCUUCUUUUUUUUUCUUUCCAUGAAUGUCACUAAGUAACACCUUUGGUCAUUAAUUUAUGCACGUAAAUGGUUUGUGUCACUGAGAAAGCAAUACACUUUUAUUCUUUUGUCAGAAAAUAAGACAACUAUAUGUGUGAGCAAAUGAAAAAUGUCUGCUUGGUGUAAUCAUAUUUAAAUCUUAUUGGUUAUUUUCUUUACAAGAAACCUUGAUUGAAAUUUAUAAGAAAGAAAAAUAAAGAAAGGUAAAAUGCUGGCAUGUAAGACUUUGGUCAAAGUACUACUAAUUGACUGUCCUAUUUGUGUACAAUACUCAUGCUCUAGGCACACAGUAGCAUAUUUAUAUUUAUUAAGGGCUGUUUCAGUUUGAGGCACAUUUUUUUUUUUUUUUUGCAUUAAAUUAACUUUAUGUGGAUGGGUAUUCAAUGAGUUUAGAACAAUUGCCUUAGCAGUGUUUAUGUAAAGAAUACUUUAAGGGGGGAAACCAGUUUCGACAGGUCAAAAAAUACAACUUUUUUUAUUUUAUAAAAUGUUAAUAAAACUAUUCAGGAAUAAGUUGUCAAAAUUUCAAUGAAAAAUUCCAAUUAGUUCCGAUGUUAAUGAUAACUUAAGUGACUGUGGAGCUUCAAAAACUUUCACAGCAGUUUUUUUUUCAAACGUGUGUUUCUCAAAACUUUUUUUCAACUAGUGGGCAUUCUAGCUCAUAGACUGAACCUAACUCUUGGAUGAUAUUAUUGAUAAAAAUACUUUUUUUAAUACAAGCAAUGUGAAAAAAAAAAAGGUAGGAAAACAUAACAUUGUAACCAAACACUUCAAAAACAUGCAAUUUUUAAUUGUUUUGAUCACAUUUAGGUUCAUAUUCUUAGGAGAUAUGUUGUUUACAAGGAAGAAAAAAUGUAAUGAUUAAUGUAAAAAAUUGGCUUUGGUAAUGCCCACCAGUAACAAACUCUGAUAGAAAGCAGCCAUCAACAGUAGCUUCUAACUCCACUAUGUCUGAUUUAAAUGACUUGAAAAAAUUACAAGGUGUGCUUCAAAAAUGAAAAAACUAGCCUCCAAGUUUAAAAGAAUUCCGAUUAUUUCUUUCUUGUAAAAAAAAAAAAAAACAAAAUCACCAAAAAUGCUAAAAUUUCGUCCUCCUAAACUGGUUUCCCUCCUGAAAGGUCUCAUCAGGGAAUAUCAUAAAAGUAGAAAGAAUUAAAGAAAAAGAAAAAAAAAAGUAUUUAAAUCUUUCUUCUAUGGAAAAGAUAAGAUGCUUAUUUCUUAAUCAUGAGAGAUUUCAUAAUUAUGUACAAAAAGAGGCAGUUUCAGAAAAAAAGAAAAAAUAGCAUCUCUAUGAUAUUUGACUUACUUCUUAGUAAAAAUAAGUAAGGAAAUCAACAAUUCUUAAAGCUAAUGACAAGGUCUGAGAUUUUUCAAAU